AUGGCGGCGAUGAUGGCUAAGCUCGAUAGUUUAGAUAGAAGGACGACAAAAAUGGAUCAAACAAUCCAUGCCAUUCGAGUUGGAUGCGAGUACUGUAGAGGGCCUCAUCUCAUGAAGGAUUGUGACUUGGAUGAAAAUGGAAACAAGAAGGCGCAAGUGUUAUACUCAAGUGGCGAUCGAUAUGACGAGAAUUGGCGGAAACCAAAGAAGGAAUGGCUCCCGUACGAAGAGUAUAAAAGGGCAAAAGAAGAGAAAUACAAGCAGAAAGAGAGGGGUUACUAUCAAAUGGAAGAACCGGUUAUGGAAAAGAAAGCCGAUUUAGAAGAAAUGUUCACUAGAUUCAUAGCCGUGUCCGAAAAAAGACACAAUCAUCAUGAUGAUGCAAUACAAGAGACCAGAAAUAUGCUAAGGAAUCAACAGGAAUCUAUUCUCAAUAUUGAGAAACAGCUAGUACAACUUGCACAUCAAGUGAACGAGAGAAGACCAGGUCAACUUCCAAGUAACACCGAGAAUAAUCCGAGAAUGGAGAAUGUGAAUGUUGUGACCUCCAACUAUGGAGAAAUUUUCACCCCUGCACAGAAGAUCUCCAAGGUGAAUAUAGAAAAGGCAGAAGAGUCGGCUCUAGCUAAACCCGACCAGACUCGCAGAGUCCCUCUAAUGGACUCAACGAGUCCAUGCGCUGAUGACAAAACUGUUAUUCCCUCAAAGCCCUACAAUCCCCCUUUGCCAUUCCCAAUCAGAGCCAUGCCUGUUGAAAAGGUUAAAGUUUAUAGAGUUUUCAUGGAGCAUGUUCGAGCCCUUCAAGUCAACGUUCCAUUUGUAGAAACAAUGAUUCAAACGCCCAACUAUUUUAACUUGCUAAAGGGUCUCUUUGCUGCUAAGAAAGAUUUAGCUAAAGUUGCAGAGACAGUAUUGAGUAAGCUACCAGAAAAGAAGGGCAAUCCGGGAAGCAUCAUAAUUCCUUGUCAAUUUGGAGAUGUACUUGCUACUCAAGCGUUGACCGAUUCGGGUGCAAGUAUCAACUUAAUGCCCUUCUCUUUCUUCAAGAAGCUGCAUUUACCGGAGCGAAGGCCUGUAAAUAUGAAGAUCGAUUUGGCGGAUAAGACGACUAUUAAUCCAAGAGGUGUUUGUGAAGAUCUUCUCAUCAAGGUAGACAAAAAAAAUUUCCCGUGGACUUUGUGGUACUUCAUAUGGAAGAAGACCCCGAAAUUUCAAUUAUUUUGGGGAGAUCAUUUUUGA